AAAUAUCCAAAUGGCCCUUGGCAGAAAAAAGGUUCCCCACCCCUGCGCUAUCCCAUACCGAAAGAACAGAUUAUCAACCGUUGGCUACGCACGGUGCGAACGAAGUUCAACAUACAUGCAUAAAUACACAAUCAGAUGGAGUCCACAUGAGACUGUACCGCCUUGUCUUGGGAAGCCAGGGUAUGGUACAUCGAUGCCCUUUUCCCGUUCAGGGUUGCGAAAAUCAGAACCAAUUUUGAGGCGGUCAAUAGUAGGGAGACCGGGAAUGCAUGGGACAUCGGGGACACUUUAGUUUGUCCAAUUUCCACCAUUGGGUUAGAGCAGGGAGAUACUUUAACUUCAUUUAUACGGUAAAACGUUAUUUGAUUCGGUUAAAAUGUACAGUAUAUAGUGCUGUUAAUUAUACAACACGUUUAGUCUGUGGCACAGGAUAUUGCUCAAGAGUGGCUUCCACGCGGAAGCCCAAAAUGCGGUAGUGGGGAUAUCUCUGUCGAAAGCCACCAAUGAUCGUGGUGAGCGCCACAUGCACACAGCUCGGUGUCUCGCUGUCGGCGAGACGAUCAGCAGCGCACCCCGAGCAGCUGGUCUGCCAGGCUGCACACACUCACACCUGAGCAGGUGAAUGAUGGAUCUUCUCAAUAAUCAACAUUCCCAAGUCCAAUGCCCCAAUUCAGGCAGAGGCCAAGCGGAAGGUGGCCUGGGGCUGGUGAACAGGCGUCGUGGCGCCAUCAAGCAGGCUAAGGUCAAGUUCGUGAAGGGCCACGCGUUCGUCACCACCUUCUUCCCACAGCCCACGUUCUGCUCCGUCUGCAAGGAGUUCGUCUGGGGCUUGAACAAGCAAGGAUUUCAGUGCAAGGAGUGCAACGCGUCGAGUCACAAGCGGUGCGUGGACAACGUACUGGCCCGGUGCACGGGGUCUGCGGACACCAACAGGCAGACGGAGAUCGUGCGGGAGAGCUUCAACCUGCACAUGUCACACUCCUUCAAGGUGCACAGCUACCGCAGCCCCACCUUCUGCGACCACUGCGGGACGCUGCUGUGGGGCUUCGCCAGGCAGGGCCUGCAAUGCGAAGCCUGCGACGCGAACGUGCACCACAAGUGCAAGGGGAAGGUGGCCAACCUGUGUGGCAUCUCCACCGAACGACUGGCCGAGCUGCUGCGCCAGGUGGAGGGAGGCCAGAAGGAAAAAGGUGCACCAGGAGCGGAGAGGCCUGUCGAGUCACAGCCACCCAGCUUCAACCCCAACAAUGCAGUUGAGAAGGUGGAGGUGGCAUGGGAAGCCCCAGCACUGGAUGAAGCAAAGGGACAUCUGACGCCACCACAACCGGCACCGCCCCAGUCAGUGCCUGACGAGUCGACACGGCCGAGCGGAGAGAUUGCCGGGAAGUUAUCUCUCGACCACUUCCACCUCCUCAAAGUGCUCGGCAAAGGCAGCUUCGGAAAGGUGAUGCUGGCGGAGCUGAAGGAGCAGGGGAAGUUUUUUGCCAUCAAGGCGCUCAAGAAGGAGGUGGUCCUCAUGGGCGAUGACGUGGAAUGUACCAUGGUGGAGAAACGGGUGCUCCUGAUGGCCUGCGAGCACCCCUUCCUGACCCACCUCUGUGGUACAUUCCAAACCAAGGAGCACUUGUUUUUCGUCAUGGAGUUCCUCACUGGCGGUGACCUCAUGUUCCACAUCCAGGACAAAGGAAAGUUUGACCUGCCGACAGGAACAUUCUACGCGGCAGAGGUGAUAUGUGGCCUGCAGUUUCUUCAUUCACACAACAUCAUCUACAGAGACCUGAAGCUGGACAAUGUGCUGCUGGAUAGGGAGGGGCACGUGAAGAUCGCCGAUUUCGGAAUGUGCAAGGAGCACGUUGGCGCAGGAAACCUCGCCACCACGUUCUGCGGCACCCCGGACUACAUCGCACCCGAGAUUUUGCUGGGGAGGGCGUACGGCACGUCGGUCGACUGGUGGUCCAUGGGCGUGCUGAUCUACGAGAUGCUCAUCGGGCAGUCUCCGUUCUACGGCUCCGACGAGGACGAGCUGUUCGAAGCCAUCAAGGGCCACACGCCGCACUAUCCACGCUGGCUCUCCGACUCCUCACGCAACAUCCUCAGCUGUCUGUUUGAGCGAGACCAUACCAAGCGGCUGGGGGCUGUAGGGGACAUUCGCCUGCACCCCUUCUUCAAGAACAUAGACUGGCCCAGCCUUGAAGCGCGGAAAAUAACCCCCCCGUUCAAGCCCAAAGUGACGUCUCCCAGUGACUGCAGGAACUUCGGCCACGAGUUCCUGAGCGAGUCGCCGCAGGUCUCGUGCCGAGGCAGCAGCAACCGCAUGGUCAUGUCCAUCGAGCAAACCAUGUUCGCCGGAUUCUCCUUCGUGAACCCUUCCAUCCGGAUGCUCCUCCAGUGAGAUCCGCACUCGGCGAUCCCCGGUGCUGGUGCUUGCCCAGCAGGGGGGGGGGGGGGGGGGUGCAUGGUGAAUUUAAUUUUAGAGUCCUCCCCUCCCACCCCCCCCCCCUCCCCAUUUGAUUUUUAAAGUCCCAGUGAGUUGAUAGGCGACAUAUAAACAAGAGACAGACGUGGAGUGAGAUGAGAGAGGUGAGACAGAGAUGCAGUGAAACGAGAGAGAUGGAGACAAGCGAUCGAGAUGGAGUUAGAUAUUUAAAUAAAUAAAAACAGACAAGAUAUGGACGAAACAGAUUCAUUUGGCUUUCAUCGCUUUAGUUGGCUUUUUAAUUAUUCCGCUUUGAAUUCGAGCUGAUAUUUUGUUCACCCAUGUGUUUUUUUUUCUCUCCCAUGAAUCUGGGGCCCCUCAAGCUUGGUAAAUAAUAGCCAGACUGCCGCGCAUAUGCAUUUGCUUAAUUUUACUUUGCAUAGCCAUGCCAAGCGCCACCCCUUGCGAUUCCCGCCUCAGUCGCCCCAAGAUGACUUGCGCAAUUCAAUCGAAGAUGGUUUGCUGGGCCCAGUUGGUUACAUUACACUGUUUUGUGACCGAUACCGGCAUCAUGGGCGUCAUGUGAUGUGGACUACGUGCUGUUUUUUUCUGCACCGUAUUCUCCUCGUGAUAACUGUGUCUCAUUGCAUAACAUCCCAAAGCAGGGCCACAGAGCUGAGGCAACUAUUGGCUCCGGUUUCAGGAAUGCCUUAUAAUAAUUUCAAAUCGUAACGCGCCACGCAGUGUUCACUCACUCUUAAAGAGAGAGAAUUUGACUCAGGGGUGCGAGGAACCACGAGCGAGUGCAAAAGCAGAGAGCCGCUGAAUCUACGGAAACUGUGCUCGUAAAACAUUUGGAGCUCUUACUUUAAUUAGAAGGUGUAGACGUAGUUGUGCAUAGUCGACUUAGAAUGCAUUCUCACUUGUAUGAAAUACAUUUAGUCAACAACCUACAAAGGAGGUAAAUACACUUUGAUCCUGUUUAAGAAGUGGGAUCAUUUUCUUUUUAAAUGACCUAUAACGUUUCAUUCAUCCUGUUUAUCAUCAUCAACCUUGAUCAAUCCACUGAAGCCCUCCCCAAAUCCACCACCAUCUCUGCAAUAUAAUAAUCCAUCUACAACCUGCACAUGAGCUGAUUUAAUCAUUCCAUCUCCUUGCCUCCUUGGUGCACGUCCUCUCGGACGCGUUCCAUCCCUCGGCUAGCACUCCGUCAUUAUUCUUGACCGUCGGUCGUCAUCCCUUCUAGCGAUAUGUAUUGCACAAGCCCACUCACUGUAACGUCGUGUAUCAGGUAUAAUGUCUUCAUCCUGCACGUGUGUCCUCUAAUCCGCGUAUUCCUCUUUCCGUUUCUCCGCGCACUUUUCAGUUGUUGUUCCACAUUUGUCGUUUGUGUCCAUCUUUCUGAUAGAUAUAUAUCUCAUAGCAGGUAAUAUUCAUUGAUUAAAACAUGAUUCUGUAAGUACAUUGACAUGUUGCUUUUUAUUAUAAAGUUCAGCUUUUCAAAACAUUCCAACCCGCUCUGGUCCAUCUCUAUUAUUCAUCAGCUUGAUUCUGUUUUAGCCCAUUAUAUCUCAAUAUAUGUCCUUUCAGGGCAGUGUUUGUUCAGUUUGUAUGCAUAUUCUGCUGUGUUUUCCAGUUGUAUCUCUCCGGCAGAUGUCAUCCUCUUUCUUUUCCAAAAUAACUGUUAUUUGACUGAACAACACUUAUUUUCAUUUUAAAAAAACCCAGCCAUCGGAUGUGAUUCACACGUCGACUUGCAUAUGACGCAAACGGGGAAACGAGGUUAUGAGUAACCAUACAUGGCCUUGGCAUGCAUGCGUAACCCGCAUGGCACUUUGUUGAACGCACUAUCACACAAAUGCAGGAGCCACAAUUAUAUUUUACCAUAAAAAUGAAUGGAAGGGAUGCUUUCACGAGCUUUCUGUUUGGGAACAGCGGAUCAUGUAAUUAGUGACCAAGGGUGCGAUCCCACAUGUUUGACACAUUGAUUCGUCAGGGACAUUUAAUCCUCGCAGAGUGCUCGAAGUGUUUUUGUUACAUGAGCUCUGCCAAGACGGUGUGAUUCACCAGGUUUCAAUCGCAUCCGUAGCCUUCUCUCUCGCGGGUAUUUGUUAUUCUUUUAUCUCCAAUAAUAUUCCAGCUGUGCUGAGAGAGUCAAUGGCACAAGAUGAAGAGACGUCGCUUUUACAACUCUCACAGAGUGCAGUAUUCCCUCGUUCACAAACUUGCUAUCCGCGGUUUUGGCUAUCCGCGAAUGGCAUCUGAAACCCAACACGACUGCAUCAAGAGAGAGAAAGAAAGUGAUGAGAUGAAGGUGAAGAGAGAGAAAGAGAGAGAGAGAAUACUUCUCAGACGUUAAUUCAUCAAGAACAUAGUUUUUCGUCGGCCCAAUAUCAUCAUCCGCAAAAUGUGCUUUUCACGAGCAUCUCCAGAACGUAUCCCUGGAGCCACUGAAGCAGGCCUCUCAACACUAGGAGACUAAACUUCCUUUAUGCCCAGCAGAGAGUGUAAGGUUAAUAUUAAAACCAAAAUUGUAUCCCUCGGAGCUUAAAUUUGCCAAAUUAAGUGGAAA